AUGGCGUCGUUGUUUCGGAGCGAGGAGAUGUGUCUGAACCAGCUGUUCCUGCAGGUGGAGGCUGGGUACUGCUGCAUCGCCGAACUGGGAGAACUGGGACUGGCCCAGUUCAGGGACCUCAAUGUUGGUGUUACCAACUUCCAGAGAAGGUUUGUGAGCGAAGUGCGUCGGUGCCAUGGAAUGGAGAGAAUCCUUCGAUUUCUGCAAAGUGAGAUGGAAAAUGACCGCAUCGCAAUCGAGACUCCGGAGAAGCUGCCCCGGACCCCGCUGCCACGAGAACUGAUCGGAUUAGAGAUAAUUCUGGAGAAGCUGGAAGGGGAAUUACAGGAGGCAAACAAAAGCCACCAGACUCUCAAACAGAACCUCCUGGAACUCACAGAAUUCAAACAAGUUCUGAAGAAGAUUCAGGAAUUCUUCGAGACAGAAGCCUACUUGCAAGGGGAUUUCUUUACUGAAGAUACCAGUAGCCUCCUGGAGCUCAGGACCAUUCCCUCUCCCGUUGUCUCUGGGAAGCUGGGGGUUACAACAGGGGUGAUUGACAUGGAGCGAUUAGCGGCGUUUGAGAGGGUUCUGUGGAGAGUUUGCAUGGGGAAUAUUUACAUGAAAUCCUGUGAAAUGGACUCGCCGCUGGAAGACCCGGUUACAAAACAAGAAAUUAAGAAGAAUGUCUUCAUCGUGUUCUAUCAGGGGGAGCAGCUGAAACAAAAAGUUCUGAAAAUAUGUGAUGGCUUUAAGGCCACUGUGUACACGUACCCGGAGUCACCGAGCGAGCGCAGUGCUAUGACCGAUGAGAUUACCACCAGGAUCGUAGACCUGAACUCGGUGAUCACCCAGACAGAGUCUCAUCGGCAGCGGCUGCUGCUGGAGGCAGCCAAGAACCUGGGCGUUUGGGAAGUUAAGGUGAAGAAGAUGAAAGGCGUUUAUCAUGCGCUGAAUUUGUGCAACAUCGACGUCACCCAGCAGUGCAUCAUCUCUGAAAUCUGGUUCCCGGUGGCUGACAAAGAACGCAUCGUACGGGCUCUUCGCUUGGGCAUGGAACGCAGCGGUUCCACCAUCGCCCCCAUUCUGACCAACGUACCCACCAAGCUGGAGCCGCCAACCUUUAAUCGCACCAACAAGUUCACAGCGGGCUUCCAAAAUAUUGUCGAUGCUUACGGCGUCGGGAAUUACAGGGAAAUGAACCCAACUCCUUUCACCAUCAUCACCUUCCCUUUCCUUUUCGCGGUGAUGUUCGGUGACUGCGGUCACGGUGCUGUCAUGUUGGCUUUAUCACUGUGGAUGGUUGUUAACGAGAAGGAAUUGCAAGCUGGGACCAAGAACAACGAGAUUUGGAAAACGUGUUUUGGCGGACGGUAUCUGAUCCUUCUCAUGGGGAUCUUCUCCAUCUAUACCGGUUUUAUCUACAACGACUGCUUCUCGAAAUCCUUCAACAUAUUUGGCUCCUCCUGGAACGUCCGGGUUAUGUUUAAUGACACUUGGGAUUCAGCCCGACUCAAUGGAACCAUCGGCUUCCUGCAACUGAAUCCUGCACAAUCCGGAGUGUUCCCGGGAAACCCUUAUCCUUUUGGGAUCGAUCCAAUUUGGAAUAUCGCUAAAAACAAGCUGACCUUCCUCAACUCCUACAAGAUGAAGAUGUCCGUGAUCCUGGGUAUCAUUCAGAUGGUUUUUGGGGUGGUCCUCGGUCUCUGUAAUCACAUAUACUUCAAGAGACACAUCAACAUCAUCCUGCAGUUCGUUCCGGAGAUGAUCUUUAUUCUCUGUCUCUUUGGGUACUUGGUCUUCAUGAUUGUCUUCAAAUGGUGCGUUUAUGACGCCGGCCGAUCGCAGUCUGCUCCAAGCAUCCUCAUUCACUUCAUCAACAUGUUCCUCUUCAGCUACGGCGACCAAAGCAACGCUCCGCUCUACGGACACCAGCAAGAGGUGCAAACUUUCCUGGUGAUUUUCGCCAUCAUCGCCGUGCCCUGGAUGCUGCUGAUAAAACCCUUCAUCCUGCGAGCCAACCACCUGAAAUCUCAGCGCAUGUUUAAUUUUGGAGACGUGUUUGUUCAUCAAGCCAUUCACACCAUAGAGUACUGUCUGGGAUGUAUUUCCAAUACGGCCUCCUAUCUGCGCCUAUGGGCCCUGAGCCUCGCUCAUGCGCAGCUGUCCGACCAGCUAUGGAUCAUGGUGAUGAGGGCUGGUCUUCAAAAUGGAAGCUGGGUCGGAGUCAUCGCCGUCCUCGUAAUAUUUGUGAUCUUUGCUGCUCUCACGGUGGCCAUACUGCUGAUCAUGGAAGGGCUGUCCGCCUUCCUACACGCUCUCCGGCUCCACUGGGUAGAGUUCCAGAACAAGUUUUACUCCGGAACGGGGCAGAUAUUCAGACCUUUCUCCUUCCGGUAUAUCCUGGAUGGAACAGACGACGAUUAG